GUGUGUCUGUGUGUAUGGGUGGACUCAAAAUGUCCUGGGUCGGAGCCGCGGAGGAGACGACGAGUGUCUAGAUUCUGCAAAAAUCUCAGGAAAAAAAGCCUUGGGAGACAGCCGCAUAAUUGCCCGCUAGAGAGAACCAUAAAUGUAAGAGUAUGAGCCCCACGAUGACCAUGGGGGAGCCAAGGCUGAACUGGGAUGUUGCCCCCAAAAAUGGCCUUCAGACAUUUUUCUCUCGAGAAAAUUAUAAAGAUCAUUCCAUGGCUCCAAGUUUAAAAGAACUGUACAUUUUAUCUAAAAGACGUAUAGGAGAAAAUUUGAAUGCCUCAGCAAGUUCUGUAGAAAAUGAGCCAGCAGUUAGUUCAGCAACUCAAGCAAAGAAAAAAGUUAAAACCACAGUUGGAAUGGUUCUUCUUCCCAAACCAAGAGUUCCUUAUCCUCGUUUCUCUCAUUUCUCACAGAGAGAGCAGAGGGCUUAUGUGGACUUAUUGGUUAAAUAUGCAAAAAUUCCUGCAAACUCCAAAGCUGUUGGAAUAAAUAAAAAUGAGUACUUGCAGUUCUUGGAUAUGAAAAAACAUGUCAGCAAAGAAGUAACUGAAUUCCUAAAGUUUUUGCAGAAUUCUGCUAAGAAAUGUGCCCAGGAUUAUAAUAUGCUCUCUGAUGAUGCUCGUCUUUUUACAGAGCAAAUUUUAAGAGCUUGCAUUGAACAAGUGAAAAAGUAUCCAGAAUUCUAUACUCUCCAUGAAGUCACCAGUUUAAUGGGAUUCUUUCCAUUCAGACUAGACAUGGGAUUGAAAUUAGAAAAAACACUUCUUGCAUUGGGUACUGUAAAGUUUGUAAAAACAGUAUUUCCCUCAAUGCCUGCAAAAUUGAAUCUCUCUAAAGACAGUAUGCCUGCCAGUGAAACACCAGAACAAACAGCUGCAGCAAUGCAUUAUGAUAUUAGUAAUGAUCCAAAUGCAGAGAAGCUUGUUUCAAGAUAUCACCCUCACGUAGCUUUAACUAGUCAGUCAUUGUUUACUUUAUUAAAUAAUCAUGGACCAGACUACAAGGAACAGUGGGAAAUUCCAGUGUGUAUUCAACUAAUACCCGUUGCAGGUUCUAAACCAGUGAAAGUAAUUUAUAUUAAUUCACCACUUCCUCAGAAGAAAAUGACUAUGAGAGAGAGAAAUCAUAUCUUCCACGAGGUUCCAUUGAAAUUCAUGAUGUCCAAAAACACAUCUGUUCCAGUCUCGGCAGUAUUUAUGGACAAACCUGAGGAUUAUGUAUCUGAAUUGGAUAUGUCCUGUGAAGUUAAUGAGAGCCGAAAAAUUGAGACUCUUGAGAACUUGGAUCUGGAUUUUAAUGAUGAUGUCACAGAACUUGAGACUUUUGGAGCGACUACAACCAAACCCUCUCAGUCACCGUGCCCAGAAAGCAAUAACAUGGUACCCAGAAGUGCAGACACUGUUACUGUCCCAGUCACAGCACCUGCAGCUGUUGUGCCAGGUGCACCACCUGGUUCUCAUUCUAGGAGUUUAUCUCAGAUUUUGCUGGAGCAAUUGCAGAAGGAGAAGCAGCUGGUGACUGGUGUGGACAGUGGUCCUGAAGAGAGUAAAGUUAAAGAUGGUCCAGAAUUUGCCUCCCCUGACGAAAAUUCAGCCAAUCUUGACAAAUCUUUAAUGCAGGACUGUGAUCUGAAAGCACCUGCUCCCUUACAAGUAGAAAGUGCUAUGGAAGUAGAAACCUCUGACAGAAAUGAUGGGGUUUUUGCCCAUGAGAGACUCAGCAUUCCAGAGCAUGCAGAUAGUUCAAAGGAAAUAACCCUUACAUCAGACACAUCGAAACCUCAAGGUGGUAUUUGCACUAGUGAUACAGAUGAAGAUUGUUUAAUUAUUGACACAGAGUGUCAGAAUAAUAGUAAUGGAAAGGCAGCCAAUGCAGAUUCUAAUUUAAAUUCUAACCCAGUAAACCCAAAUUCUUCCACAGCACAGCCUUCCAUGGGAAACCAGACUAACUCUACUGGUCCUGAUGAAUCGUGUGUCUUAAAAAAGCCUAUCAAAAGAGUUUAUAAAAAAUUUGACCCAGUUGGAGAAAUCUUAAAAAUGCAGGAUGAACUUUUAAAGCCAAUUUCCAGAAAAGUUCCUGAAUUACCCUUCAUGAAUUUAGAGAAUUCUCAACAGCCUCCUGCUUCUGAGCAACCCUUUACUCCUUCAGACACCUCAAGUUGGCCAAGAUCUUCAUGGCCUUCUGCAUUUCAGAAGCCAAAGGGACGAUUACCAUAUGAACUUCAGGAUUAUGUUGAAGAUACUUCAGAAUAUGUAGCUCCUCAAGAAGGAAAUUUUGUUUACAAGUUAUUCAGUCUGCAAGACCUGUUGUUGCUUGUUCGAUGCAGUGUCCAGAGAAUAGAGACCAGACCACGUUCCAAAAAACGGAAGAAAAUUAGGAGACAAUUUCCUGUUUAUGUACUACCAAAAGUGGAGUAUCAAGCUUGUUAUGGAGUUGAAACUCUGACAGAAGGUGAACUCUGUCGCUUAUGGACUGAAAGUUUACUGCAUUCAAACUGUUCUUUUUACAUUGGACAUAUUGAUGCAUUUACUUCGAAGCUUUUCCUGCUUGAAGAAAUUACCUCAGAAGAAUUAAAAGAAAAGCUCUCGGAACUCAAGAUUUCAAGUUUAUUUAACAUCCUGCAACACAUUCUAAAGAAAUUAAGUAGCUUGCAGGAAGGAUCCUACUUGUUAUCUCAUGCAGCAGAAGAUUCCUCACUCCUUAUCUAUAAGACAUCUGAUGGAAAGCUCACUCGGACUGCAUAUAACCUGCACAAAACCCACUGUGGCCUUCCUGGAGCACCCUCCAGCCUCUCAGUGCCCUGGGUGCCCCUGGACCCUGGCCUCCUGCUGCCCUACCAUGUCUUCCACGGGAGGAUACCUUGUACUUUCCCACCUAAGUCACUGGAGCCCACAGCACAGCAAAAGACUGUGAGCCUGAAGGCGACGGGCAGUGGCAGCGCGAACUGAGGAAAAAUAGUUCGAAGGUUUAUGGAAAAAGAAUGCCUGCACGUAGUCGCAAGAAUCCAGUUUCUAUGGGAACCAAAAGCCUGCUUGCUUCACCAGUUAAAAAUGAAGGAGCAGCUCCCAAUAAACGGAAGAUGAUUUAAGGACUCUACCA